AUGGCUGUUGUAGCAGCCUCGCAGUCAGCAGCGGCGGGCUUUGCCGCCAAAGCUGCAGUUGACGUCGUGGGCGCCGUAGCCGUGGGUGAAACCGCCUUAGCUGCGGCUGUUGCACUCCAAGGCGCUGCUGCUACUGCUGCUGCAUCCACGGUUGCUGCAACCAACUUUUGGAACCCUGUUGGAUGGUCACUUGGGGUCGUUAUCGUCGGUGCACGUGAGACAGCACCUCACAAUAUCACCUGGGACUGUUACAAGCCUAUCAUCCAUGACGCUGUGGAGGAACCACCUAAACCAAUGCUUCUAGCCGCACUGGUCUCUCACCCAAUGGUUGCGCGCGUUGAUAUCUCAACCAAAGCCACGUCUGCUGGUCUUCCCGAUAUUGAGAUAGAGAAUGUUGCUGGUGAGCUGUAUCUCUUACGGGGCGUCGCAUUACCUUGGGGCGCGGUUGCGUAUCAUGCGGACAGGAUGGAGGAAUGA